AUGUCUUAUUCCAUUUCUUCAAGCUCUAGAUCGGCUUCUUCCUCCAGGCCUGGCUUCCAUGGGCAAAACAGGUCCCCGGUGAGGUACAGGGUGGGGCCUAUGGACUACAAACCACCGACGCCUUGUGAAUGCAAGCACAAGCCAAAAGCAGCCAUGUGGAUCUCCUGGAGUGACGAGAACCCUGGAAGAAGGUACAAAACACGUGCCAUGUCAAGGAUGGGAGGUUGCAACUUCUACGAGUGGCACGACGAUCCCAUUGAAGAUCCCUUCCUGAAGCAACUGCUGAUUGAUCUGCGAGACAAGGUUCGCCUGCUGGAGAGGAUGAAUUCUGAACUACACAGGGGAGCGAUGGCUGUGCAAGAGAGGCAGGUUGUCCAGGCAGAGAAUCGUCUAGCUCCAGUAGCUCGUCUGCCUGCGACUGCAAGGUGUGGCUACUGGAAGAAUGUGGCCCUAUUUGUGUUGGUUGUGGCACUGGUGUGGAAUGUUUUAUUUGUCUAG